AUGGGUUCUGCCCCCUUGGCCGUGGGAGCACCUUGUUUGUCUGUCGCGAAUCUCACGGCAUGGUGCUCCGGGUUGAAGGGAUGUGCGUCAACACGUGACGUCCUUCUUUUGGAUGCGGUGCGGUUGUGUGCGAGCGUGCCAGCACGGUCUACCGUGCAUCGAGAUGAUGCUGAGGUUCGGGUAGAAGAUGGCUUAAAUGUUGCGCUUGUUUUGCGUUCGACUCCUAAUCAAACGAUUGUGGCUGAGAGAGGAACUGAUCUCGGCCGCGGUGCUCCGGUGCGUUGCUCAGAGAGUGACGAUCGUAUGAUAUAUGGGGUGAGUGAGGCGAUAACAGGGAUGGUGCUCCGGCGCCUUGAAAAUCAGGGGUCGAGUCCUGGAGGGACAUUCGAGGCUGACAAGACCUGUGCGGUGGAGUCUAACUGGGGCAAGUGGGUAGUCAAAUCGGCAUUUGGGAUCGUGAAGUAUAGCGGUUUGGGGUUGAGAAGCAUGGUGGUGUGA